UCAAUUGGCAUUCCUGGCUCCCGGUCUCUCCAGCGGGCCUUCCUCCUGCCUCUCCCGUUGUUUCCAAAAGGCGGUCGCCACGUUCCCUUUCGCCCUCCCCGAUUUCAGAAUGGUGCAGGCGCCAGGGCUUAGACCGGAGUCACUCUGCAUCAGGUUGCACGCCUGACUGGAGGAGGUGGGCUUUAGGCUGCAAGAAAGACCUCGUUGCAAGCGAGCAGGAAGGCCAGCCUCGCCUGCUCUGCCUGACGCCAUCCCGGCCACCGAAGCCGCCAGCUCCCACCACCCUUGCUUUGCAAACCAGAUCCGGAUCCUGUGGCGCCUGGACUGACGUGGUCCAUCGGAUCAAAACAGAGGGGCGAAGCCGGAGCCGCCAGCGGAUCGGCGUCCUGGGAUCGUGGUCGCAGAACAGAUCAGACAAAGCCGGUCCGGUUAAUCUUCAUCUGAAUAAUCAUGGCAGAAGGUGGAUUUGAUCCCUGUGAAUGUAUUUGCUCACAGGAACAUGCCAUGAGGAGGCUGAUCAAUCUGUUACGACAAUCCCAGGCUUACUGCACAGACACGGAAUGCCUUCAGGAAUUGCCAGGACCAAAUCCAUCAGCUGAUAAUGGCAUCAAUGUUACAAUGAUAAUAGCAGCCUGGCUGGUCCUGGCCCUUGUCUUGUUCUUGAUGAGACCCACAAACUUUAGGAGAUCUAAUCGAGCUGAAAAACCAACCAGCCCACAUAACGGAGAGGAGCCACCAGCGCCGCCUGUGGACUAGGACACUGGAAAAGUUCAACCAGAAAAGUUCAACAGCUGCAAUCUUGCACGACCAAAUGGAUGAAAGUGACCAAACACUUUCUACUUCUAAAAACCUUUUAGAAUACAUGUUCAGCUUGCAUCAAAAAAACACCUGCAACGUCCUAGUACGCGAUUCCGCAGUAAAUUCGCGCCUGAAUAAAUUAACAGAUGUGGUAGGAGGUGAUGGACAUAUUUGUGAUGGUUUUUGGGUUCAUAGACAUUUACAGUCAGGGGAUCCGUGAAGGCUCAUUGAAGGGGGAGGAAUUGCUUUACCCCAUCUUAUUGGACUCUGCUUCCCCUCAUCUUCUUCAGGCUUCUCCUUGUAGCUCCAGUGGGGUUUUUUUCUUUCUCUUCAUCUUUUCACUGCUCUUUCCCUUCCUCUGCCUUGGCUGCUGCUACCUCUCCUGCCUUCUCUCAGCUGUCAUAUUCCCCCUGUGUCUUCUCUGCCUUGCAGCCUCCUGUGAUCCCUCUCCUUUCAUUAUUUGCCUUUUCCCACUCUGUUCCUGGAGUUGCCAUGUUGGCUUGUUGCAGCAGCUCUGCACAACGGCAAAAAACUGAGUACAUCCUUUCAAGAUAAGGAACUAUCCACCAAAGUAGAGGUUUCUGGGAUUUUUUAAAAAAUGGGAAUUAAUUUUUUUAAAAAUGUUGCUUAUCAUUGGGAUACUUCUCUUUCAUUUAACAAGUGCAAAAACCAUUGCCACUCACAGUCACUUCUGGGACAAAAAAUAAAACAUCUAUAUGUUUCAAA